UAAUGCGUAAAUGAGAGAAAAAAAUCGUUUAAGUAUUUCGGUUUAAAUUGAGCGCGUCUGAUCUUAUCAAAUUAAUCAAAGCCAAGGUCAUGGCUGCUCUCUUUCGACAGCAUUAAUGUACAAUUUGUAAAUAGUGUAACAUAUUUUUAAGUAACACACAAUUUUAGUUUCUUCAUUUUCUACAACGCACGAUGAUGAAGUUACUUCCGAGACGAAUGACAUUGCAAUUGUCAUCGCGUGUUUACGCCCGAAACUACGCGACGAAACAGCCCAGCGAUUUUGUAAAAAUAGUGGAAGUAGGACCACGAGAUGGCUUGCAAAAUGAGAAGAACAUCGUGCCCACCGAGGUGAAAGUCAACUUUAUCAACAGAUUGUCAGCGACCGGGUUAAAAAGCGUUGAAGUUACGAGCUUUGUUUCUCCAAAAUGGGUUCCUCAGAUGGCAGACAAUUUCAAAGUUUUUAAAAAAAUCAACAAGAAAGAUGGGGUGUCAUAUCCAGUGUUGGUGCCAAAUCUGAAAGGCCUGGAAAGUGCUGUCACAGCAGGAGUGAGAGAGAUUGCUAUAUUUGCUGCUGCAUCAGAGGCUUUUUCCAAGACAAACACCAAUUGCUCCAUUGAGGAGAGUAUUAGAAAUUUCAGAAUAGUCAUAGAAGAAGCAAAGAAACAUGAUAUUAAAAUCCGAGGUUACAUAUCUUGUAUCGUUGGUUGUCCUUAUGAAGGUGAAACUAAACCGGCGAUUACAGCACACAUAGCUUCGUUAAUGUUAGAACUUGGAUGCUAUGAAAUAUCUCUAGGUGAUACCAUAGGUGUAGGGUCACCAAGGAAAAUCAAACGUGUCUUGAACGAACUUCUUCUUCUUGUCUCAAAUGACGCGAGUCACUAUGCAUUGCACUGUCACGACACUUACGGUCAAGCCUUGGUAAAUAUUUAUGAGGGUCUUGAAAAAGGAAUAAGGAUCUUUGAUUCUUCAGUUGCAGGACUUGGUGGAUGCCCAUAUGCUGCUGGAGCUUCAGGAAAUGUUGCCACUGAGGAUUUAUUAUAUUUUCUGCAAGGACAAGGUUUGAACACUGGUGUAAACUUGGAUGAAAUAGUAGAGAUUGGAGAUUACAUUAGUAAACAAUUAGGUAGAACGAAUCAAUCGAAAACUGGAGUAGCUAUGCUUGCCAAGAAAAAUCGUCAAAAAUGCUAAUGAUAUUUGAAGAUGCUUUUCAGCAGAAAUUAUUUGACAAUCGAAUGAAAGGAUUUGGGAUUUGAAAAAUUCUGCAUUUGCCAAUUGAUAUAGUUAUGAUCAUCUGUUAUCAUCUGUGUUCUCUUGCUGAAGUCCUAAUAAGCUCACGAUGAAACCAAAGCAUUUUACAUUUCAAAUAACGAUUAUCGAACUUAUGUAUAAGUUUUUUAAUAUUUUUAUAUAUUUAUACGAAUGAUACUUUGUACAAAAUGAUUGUAUAUGCAAACUUUAUACAUAUACACAAAUAUGCAACUGUAAAAUA